AUGACGAUGAUGCCAGUGCUGCGCAGUGCAGCUCGCCCGUUACGUCUUGGGAAUGCGAUUGCGCGCCGGCAGAGCUUUAUCGAAAUAUCAAACUACUUCCGAGGCCGAGCAACAGCAUCAUCUCCCUUGCACUUGAGAUGCGCACUCCAGAGGGGGAGCCGUCUCUAUUCGAGUGACAGCUUAGCUGGGGCUGCACCGCUUCUAGAGCAGUACUCGAAGUCAAUUCAGUUCCCUCCUGCGUCUACUAUAUUUGGAGAUCUGUAUAAAGAAGAAAACAAUGGAAAAGUUGUCAUAGUCCACGGCUAUAUUGGCAAACGGAGGAAAAUCGGUAAGAACAUGACAUUCGUUCGACUCACCGACCCUACCCUCUCGCAAAGCGUCCAAAUCGUCGUCUCAGAGCCCCAGACUCUCAGCGCAUUGAAAGCAAUUGAGCCGAAUAGCGCCGUCGUCAUUCACGGGAUCGUUAAAUCGAAAGAGAAUCAACCUCAGAAUCGUGGGCCAGAUGGCAAGAACAAUCUUGACAGGGUGGAGGUGGAGCUGCAAGAUAUACAAUGUUUGAAUGAGUUUCCAAAGGAUAUCAUAGUUACUGCCGACACCGUCUUUCCGCCAAAUAAGAGACACUUACAGAUCCGCAAUGACGACUCGCUUCGCCAGUCAUUAGCCUUCAGAGCAAAGGCAAACGCAGCUCUACGACGAGCGUUGGAGGAAUGCGAACCGCCAUUCUUGGAAGUCGAGACUCCCAUAUUGUUCAAGUCUACUCCUGAAGGCGCUAGGGAGUUCCUAGUCCCUACGAGGAAUCAAGGGUUGGCAUAUGCGUUGCCUCAAAGUCCUCAGCAAUACAAACAAAUGCUUAUGGCGAGUGGUAUCCCCCGAUACUACCAGUUUGCACGUUGUUUUAGGGACGAGGACUUACGUGCUGAUAGGCAACCUGAGUUUACUCAGCUUGAUAUGGAGAUGUCUUUUGCAACGGCUGAAGAUGUUAUGACUACCACCGAGUCUCUCGUCAAGAAACUGUGGGCCUCCGUUAUGCCAGAGCCCUUGGGACCGGAACCGUUUCCGCGCAUGUCAUAUCACGAGGCUAUGGGCUCAUACGGUAGCGACAAGCCAGAUACCCGCUUUGAUAUGAAGCUUCAUCGAGUCGAUCAACUACUACCUUCAGAUUUCAUAAGCAAGAUCAGUUCUUUGAGCUCUCCAGCUGUUGAAGCUUUCAAGGUAGAAGGGAAUGGCUCGCCGCAGGAAACCAUGGAAGCUCUAAAAAGUUUCAUGGAGUCCCCGGAGGGCAAAUAUUUCAACGACAACCCCGAUGGAGGUCCAGGAACCUUCGUCUUUGACUCUACGAAGCCUGUUUCUGGCUUAUUUGCCGUCGGGUUCGAAGGAGCGUGGGAAGUAGAGCAGCUACUCGAGCUGAAUCACGGUGACUUGGUCGUCUUCCAGGCCCGGAAGCAUGAACCCUUUAGCGGAGGCUCGACCCGAGCCGGCGAGCUACGUCUCGCAAUACAAAAACAUAUGGUUGAACUACAGUUCCACAGCCCGCCAGCGGGGUUUAAUUUCCAUUGGGUUACCGGAUUCCCUCUCUUCUCCCCGUCGGUCGAGUCAGAACCUGGCCAAGGUGGUACCGCUGGGAUAGCUUCAACCCAUCAUCCCUUCACCGCACCCCGAACACCCGAGGAUGCUACCCUUCUCUUAACAGAUCCCACGAAAGCGAUCGCCGAUCAUUACGAUCUGGUCGUAAAUGGCGUUGAGCUUGGCGGUGGAAGUCGAAGAAUCCACUCAGCUGCAGUCCAAGAAUUUGUCCUCCGCGAAAUCCUCAAAAUUCCGCCUUCACGCCUCGAAAGCUUUUCGCAUCUGUUGGAAUGCCUCAGGGCUGGCUGUCCCCCCCACGCGGGUAUCGCGCUUGGUUUCGAUAGGUUGAUCGCUAUGAUGCGAGGCACGCAGAGUGUUCGUAACGUGAUCGCAUUUCCAAAGGGUAACCGGGGCGAGGACCCGAUGGUGAAGACACCUAGUCCUAUGACUGAAGAAUCGCUGCAGACCUAUCAUCUGCAGCUGCGCCAAAAAGCUUAG